AUGGAAAAAAUUACUGAUGCUUGCAAAGCCGGUGCUGAAAAAGUAAAAGAAAUGGUUUCUGGCUCAAGUAAGGAAGUUAACAAGGAAAUUGCCAAGGAUUCAAAUCAAAGUAUAGGUACUCGAACGGAAGCUGCUUUUGAUGCUGCAGGUGAUAAAUUGCAUGAGACAAAACAUGCCACUGAAAAAGAAAUACACAAGCAACAAGCAAUGCAUUAA